AUGACCACCGAGAACCAGCCACAGAGAGUAACCGAGCCGAAAGAUAGGUACCAAGACCAGAAGUCACCGUCCUUGACGGAGGCAGACUUGAAUAUCACGGAUGCACUUCAAGACGACGACUACCGUCAAUACCUCCCAGCUCUGCUUGGAACCGCACUGCUGGCCGCCGUGGGCUUCAUUCUGGCAUUAUUUUAUGUACCGCCGUCUACAACUGCUUCUCUGAUUACCAUCGGCGUCUCUGUUGUUUUGACGCGUCAUGUGUGGCUAUCUCGCAAAAAGGCACGUGACCGCGGCUCUCUGUGGGAUUCUACCAUUAGUAGCUCUGCCAGUCCCAGUACCGGCGAGCUACCCGCUGUGUAUCACACAUACAUCUUAGGAUCGGGCGGCCACACUGGCGAGAUCUUUGAGUUUGUUAAACGCAGUUUCCGGGGCCACAAGAAUCUGCAUAGACGAUAUAUCAUUACAUCCGGCGAUACACACUCGCCUCAUAUUGUGGCGAGGCUCGAGACUCUCAUUAGAGACACCGCUGGCGGACAAGCAACCGGGACAUGGGACGUGGUCCGUGUCGCCCGCGCAAGAAGAGUUCAUCAACCAUUGUGGACCGCAUGGUACACAUCCAUUAUCAGUGCACUGUCAAUCGUCAAUGCGCUUGCGAAGGAACCCAAAAGUCGACCCAGGAAUACUUACGGAUCAGGAUACCGCUAUCCUCAUGUGAUCGUCACCAACGGACCAGGGACUGGCUUCAUUAUGUGUCUUGUGGCUUACAUAUUGAAGCUACUAUUCAUUGCUCCCUCCAACCGAAUGAAGAUGGUAUACAUGGAGACGUGGGCACAUAUCAGUACUCUGAGUCUUACGGGCAAGCUCUUUUACUAUACUGACUUGGCUGACAUGUUUCUUGUUCAGCAUAUGCAGUUGGCAGAUCGAAUACGAAAGCCAUGCCUGCAGCUGUUCCAAGCUCCUGAUUUCGCAAAGGUCACGGAGGAGGAAAGGAGUUGA